CUCCUUUUUUCCUCUUCCUGUCUCUCCAGCCAUCAGUGGCAACAUGGAGGAAGAGAAUCUUCCUGCACAGAAGGACCCCAAAGAGGUGGAGCCGGCAGCAGAAGACUCCGAGAGUCCCAGGGGUGUUGAUCUGAGCAGUAGCAUCCUGGCUGAGAGCCCCCUGCCCCCCGCUCCGCCUUCAUCCCCGCCUCCUCCCCCUCCCCCUGCCACUCUCCACAACCCCAACAACUGUCUCCAGUGUGGCAAAACCUUCAGCCACAAGUCCGCCUUGGUGAAACACCAGAAGAUCCACACGGGAGAGAAGCCCUACGAGUGCGAGGAGUGUGGGAAGGGCUUCAUCCAGCGCUCCGACUUGACAAUCCACCAGAGAACUCACACAGGGGAGCGGCCGUACCGCUGCCCCGACUGCGGGAAGAGCUUCAGCGUCAGUUCCACGCUGCUGACCCACCAGCGGACCCACGCGCCGGGGGGAGAGAAGCCCAACCGCUGCCCUGACUGCGGGAAGUGCUUCAGCGAGCAGGCGGCCCUGGAACGCCACCGCAAGAGCCACGCGGGAGAGAAGCCCCACGAGUGCGCCGACUGCGGGAAGAGCUUCGCCUGGAGCUCCCACCUGGAGAGGCACCGGCGGAUCCACACGGGCGAGAAGCCCUACAAGUGCCCCGAGUGCGGGCGGGCGUUCGCCUGGAGCUCGCACCUGGAUCGCCACAGGCGAACGCACGCCGGGGCAGCUCUGCCCGAGGAGGCGCCGCCCUCAAAGUGCGCGGAUUGCGGCAAGCGAGUCAAUCACGUCACUCAGCCUCAGCGCUUCAAGCACAAAGCCACCCAGACCCCUCUGGAGCAUGAGGAUGCAGAGGUGGCAGAGGAGGAGGAGGAGGCCGAGGCCGAGGUGCGGUCCUAUCCGUGCACAGUCUGCGGGAAGCGUUUCAGCCAGAGCUCCAACCUGCUCAAACACCAGCGCGUCCACACAGGGGAAAAGCCCUACCAGUGCCCAGAAUGCGGGCGGCAGUUUAGUUGGUGCUCCGCCCUCCUCAAGCACCAACGCGCCCACUGCAACAACAGGCCACACUCCUGCCCAGAGUGCGCCCACAGCUUCCGGGACCCUGCCUCUCUGGCCAAACACCAGCUCAGCCACACCGGCGGGAAGCCUCACCAGUGUCCGGACUGUGACAAAAGCUUUGGGUGGAGCUCGCACUUGGAGCGGCACCGGCGCAUCCACACCGGGGAGAAGCCCUACGAGUGCGGGGACUGUGGCCGGGGGUUCACAGUGGGCUCCCACUUGGAGAGGCACCGGCGCAUCCACACCGGGGCCCGGCCCUACAGCUGCGGGGAGUGCGGCAAGACCUUUGCUGUCGGUGCCAUGCUGGCCACCCACCGGCGCCUCCACGACACCAAGGCCAAGCCUCACCGGUGCCCCGAAUGCGGGAAAGGGUUCAGCAGCGCGGCGGUGCUUGAACGCCACCGCCGGUUGCACCGGGGAGAGAAGCCCUACCAGUGCGAUGUCUGCGGCAAGGGCUUUUCUUGGAGCUCGCACUUCGACCGCCACCGGCUCUCGCACACCGGAGAGAAGCCCUUUCCGUGCGCCCACUGCGGGAAGCGCUUCGGCCGCAGCUCCCACCGCAACCGGCACCAGCGUGCUCACGCGGUCCCCGAAGACCUAUGCCGGCCACAGAGCAACCAAGACAAUGCAUUGCUGGCAACGGCCGCGCCCGAAUGGUGGGAAGGGGAAGGCGAAAGGAGGGUCCCGCCGGAGCAGCAGGAAGUCUGGUCGUCUCCACUAGAUCCCGUUGGCCCUUUCCAGUGGGUGGCCAAAUCUCCUGGUGAUGCAUGGAGGACCAUAGGGGGAAACGGUAUGGGGCAAGAUGGUGAGAGUUUGACAGGCCCUUCCAGAAGCUGGACUCAGCCAGCUGAUCACAUGCCCACUACUAACCCCCCUUGAUCGAUGCUGUGCAAAUCUCACUCCCAUUUUGCUGACCCUUCUGCUCUUCGCACACACAAACAAACACACAAACACUUCCCCCUUACCCGGUAAACCAACUGUAGCUGGCUGGAAAGACAGGUCCAUAUCUGCCUUGCCUCCCCACACCUCCAUGGGCCAUUUCCCAGGAGCAGUGCCCACAUCACGUGAUGCGGUGCUUUGAAGGCCCAGCACUCAGUUGAUCGUUGGCACGUCAAAGCACCACACAGAGCUCUUUGCAAGGGACCCUGUGCUGUGCUUUGAGGUCCUGUCAACCAACUGAUCUUUGCUGCUUCGGAAGCCAUUUUUGGCCCUACCCAGCUGUCUUUUUAUGUGCCUGCACAUGACGUCAUAUAUGACACCUGGUGAUUGGCAGGUGGGCGUGGCUUGGCUAAAGUCCCUUACCCCAAGUUAAAGAGCUGAAGUUAGGCUGAGGAGCCAAAGUUGUG